AAUAUUGCCAGUUUAAUAUCAAAGCUGUUGAAAUACUUUUUAAAUACGAUUUUAGUUUAUACUUUAUCGAAGAAGCAAAAAUGAAUUUUUUUAUUACUAUUUUAUUGUGUGUUUUUAUAUCAGUGAUAACUGAAGCUGCUGUUUUUCCAUCAAAUGAUGUCGCAGGUUUAAAAAAUAAAAUUAUUGCCGCUGCAAAUGAUCUUACACAUUACAACAAUACAUACAAAUCAAAUUUUGAAAGUCUAUUAAAUAAAUUAAAAAUAAAGUAUAUUAAUGAUCUUCACAAUACCAUCGAUUUCAUCAGAAAUGAGACCAACCAAAUAAUAUUUUCCGAUAAUAAUGAAUACAAUGCUGAAGAUUGUUAUGAAAGAGUUAAUGAACGUCUUGACGAGGACAGUGAACAGGCAAUAAAUUCAUUAGAUGAAUGCACUCAUGGAAAAUUCAUAGUAUUAAAUCUAAUACAACAUGCUAUCACUCAUCACAUUAUUAAUUCCAAUCAGAUCUUAUCGAGAUUUGAUUCGAUAGUUAACUGUACGACAGGCAUUUUUCUGGAAUCGGAAUUGUGCGACGCGCAGAAAAUUUCUGCAAUAAAUUAUGAAGUUGAACAGUAUCCAAUUAGUGCGAAACAAUUGAAGAAUAUGGGCGAUCAGUUUGUCAAGAAAGAGUUAACCAACAUAACAACUUGUUUUAAAGAAAUUAUUAUAGAUUUAUCAUCUGAUGUCAAACUAUCAAAGUAUUUAGCAAUUCUUUGCAGCAGUAAUAUAUUUGUUAAUUUUUAUUAAAAAUUUUACGGCAAAUUUUAUUUUUUAUUUAAUCAUUUGCUUAUUUGCUGUGAAAAAAUUUAUAAUUUUUUUUCCUAAUUAUAAAAAUUCUUUCUUUUAUUUUUUAAAAUUUUUGAAAAAUACAUUUCUGUAAUAGAAAUUUUUUUUGAGUUCAUUUUUUUCACCCAAUUCCAUUUUCCUGUUCCUCUCCAUUACAAAAAUGUUUAAUUCCAAAAAAAAAAAAAAAAAAAAAAAAAAUGUAAGGCAAGAAAUGUUGAAUUUUUUUAAUUUCUCAAUAAAUAACAGAAAAACCGCAAUAAAAAAAUAACAGAUGAAAGAAAUAUAUCUGAGCAUAGAAAUAAAUAAAUAAUAUAAUUUAAAUAAUGAAUAUUAAAAAACAAAGCCAUCGGUAUUGACGUACGUGAAAUAAGUUUGCAACCAAGAUAACGAAAAAUAAUAGCAAAAUAGUAUAAUUUAGCAACACAAGGUGAAGUUGAUAAUUUUAAGUAUAAGCAGUUUUCGAGCUAGAAGACCUCGGUACUGUCUACUUGCAAAAAAAAAAAAGCGAUAAACGAACCAAUAGAAACACAACAAAUACAUCGACAGUCAGAGAGCUUAUAAAGGGGGAGGAUGUUGCGAUAAAAUUUCACUAGUGUUUUACCCAUUUCAUACGACGUUUCAUGCACAAGCAAUCAUGAAGCGUUUAUUACUAAUAUUUUUUAUCCUUACAGUGGCAAUAUGUGCCCAUGCUGGCCUGGUUAAACGUGAGGAGGAGAGUGUCGAAGGAGGAUUGACAGGAUUAAUGCAGAAAAUAAAAAAUUUAUCAAUGAAAAUACCAUUGGUUGGGGAAUUAAUAGGAGAUACUAUUGGAAAACUUAUAGAUGGGUAUGAAAAAGCCCAGCAAAUGACGGAUGGAGCUAUUGGGCGUUUACUUGGUGGUGCAUUCCCAUGUACAUUAACGUUAAAUAGCUUUGCUUGUACUGGUACUACUCUCGGUGAAAAUUUGUCAACUAUGGUGGAAAGUUUGAUAAAACCGUUACCCUCAAUUGUACUUCCUGACACUAUUAAGAAAUUUAUUGUCUUCUGUGUUGACUUUUUCGUUGAACCGGCACUUGAUGUUAUCUUUGGUGGAGUUGAACAACCAGAAGCUGCACAAAAUUAAUUUUAUCCAUUCUUUUAUAUUUAUUUAUUAUUAUUAUAAUAAUUAUUAUUAUUAUUAAUUUAUUUUAACGAUAUUAUAUAUAAGAAUUUAUUAUUGUUAUAAAUUCUAAAGUCAUUGAUGUGUUUUGUAAUAAAGAUAUUAAUAAACUUUCUUGAU